AUGACAUAUAAAUCCACCAUGUCACGACAUAUAAAACUAUUAUUAUCACGACACAUAAAUCCAUUAAUAUCACGACAUAUAAAUCCACUAAUAUCACGACAUAUACAUCCACUAAUAUCACGACAUAUAAAUCCACUAAUAUCACGACUUAUAAAUCCACUAAUAUCACGACAUAUAAAUCCACUAAUAUCACGACAUAUAUAUCCACUAAUACCACGACAUAUAAAUCCACUAAUACCACGACAUAUAAAUCCACUAAUAUUACGACAUAUAAAUCCAGUAUUAUCACAACAAAGUCCGGCUCUGCCAGACUUGACCAACAUCCCUCGGAUCCGCAUGCAAGCGCCUAGCCGCUACAUCACGACGGCUCCGGUGUACUGUACAGUUCUUGGUGUAUUGUUUAGUUAUGUCAACAUUUAUGUGGCUCUAGUUGCUUAA